GACGCUUGUGUUCUCGUCGUUUUUGUUGCUUCUAGAAGGAUUCGUUUUGUCCGAUUAUAUGCUGUCAUCAAUCAGCUAACGUGUUACUGGAUACCGACAAGCUACAGACAAACCAACCGGAAGAGGUUCCGAUUCAGUCUGUCAUCAUGAAAAAGCUUUUUAACAAAACUCUACAAGUAAACAUAAAGUGCAGUGAUGGUGAAGAAAGGAAAGCAAAUAUCCGCGUCGUCAUUGAACUUCAGUUAACCACAAGUCCUGUUCACAAAAAGGAUCUCCUUGUGAGACUCACAGAUGACGCUGAUCCGUAUUUCCUGUUCAGUCUGUCCAUAUCAGAGGAGGACUUCCAGAGUUUGAAAGCUGAGCAGGGGCUGCUGAUAGACUAUGCAUCAUUUCCUGAUAAGUUCAUCGGCCUGCUGAACCUCUGCAUAUCAGAACAAGAGUCAGACAGUCCAAGGUUUCUGCUGCAGUUGUCCUGUCGGUCCCCUGUGCUCGGAGGCUCUGCCAACUUAAGUAUUGUGGAGGCUAAUGCAUUUAAACACCUUAACCAUUUGACGCUAAGGCUUCUUGAGGGCACUGACGAAGAAGUGAAAGACUAUCUAGCAGCAUGUCUCUCCUUUUUGAAGGAAGAGAAGCAGUUGCUGGAGGUGGAGUUUAAAAAGACUCAAGCUGACCUUUCUUCACAGUUGAGCUACACCCAGCAGGCUCUAUCAGAGAAGACUAGAGAGCUGGAGAAGGUGCAGUCAGAAUGGACAAGUCAGAAGAACUUCCUGUCCAGCCGCCACUCUCAGGACCUGAUGACCGAGAGAGAGAAAGCUCUCGAGAUGCAAACCAAGCUUCAUGAGCAAAAUGAGCAGCUACGCCAAGAACUGGAGAGUACUCAUAAAAAGACCACCCAGCAGCUUCAAAGCAAGAUUGCUGAACUAGAGGCCUGCAACCGAGAGCUGACGGAGAGGAAAUACAAGAAUGAGGCGUGCAUCACGGAUCUGAAAAUAAAAUUUGCUGCUGGUGAAGAGGAAUGUCAGCGAGCAAAGCAGCAAGUUAUUUCUCUGAGGAGGGAGAACUGCACCCUGGACACUGAGUGCCAUGAGAAGGAUCGUGUGAUCAGCCAACUGCAGAUGCGAAUGGCUGUUUUGGAGCAGGAGAUGAAAGACAAGGACCAACUAAUGUGUCGCACAAAACAGGUUCUUGAAGCCACUCAGCAGCAGAAGGACUCAAUAGAGGGAAACUUUGAAAGUAAAGAACAUCAAAUAAGAAAACAGGAAGCAACAGUGAAGUCACUGUCUGAAGAGCUGAUUAAGGCUAAUGGCAUCAUUAAAAAGCUGCAGGGAGAGCUUCGAAGCCUACUUGAAAAAAUCAAAAUCAAAAACAGAGUCACUGUGUCACAGGAAAAGGUGAUCAAGGAUACUUCAGAAACACUGCAAAAUGUCAAAAAAGAACUACAGGAUGCUCAACUUGAACUCGUGCGUAAGGAUGAACAGAGUUCCAAGCUAAAGGAGCAGCUGGGGCAAACAAUUCAGAAACUAAAUGAAAGCAGAGAAGUCCUGAAAACAAAUGAGAAUGUGAUAAGCUGGCUGAAUAAACAACUAAAUGAGAAACAGCUGUCCAGAAGACCAGAUAGCACUGACCCAUUUGAAACCACUCCUGCAGGAAUGAGGGCCAAGUUUUGCCCUCUGGCUGGCAAGCAUGGAACAUCACCUGUGGAGGAGCGAGUACUCCACCCUAUGGAGCACAUUCCACUGCAACCCUCCCGCAAACAGUGA